AUGCAAGCCCUUCAACUUGGCCUGCUUUCGCAACAAGAUGACGAUGAUGAACUUGAUUCACAGGCCCAAGAAGCAUUCAAUUCGAUGGGCAAAGACGAACGUGAAGAGCUCGCUUACACCUUCAAAGUGAUUCUUGGUUUGAUGCCUGGUCUUAAGGAUCAGCUAGUAUACAUGGGGGACAACAUCAAUGCCAUUGAUGUCCUUGGGUCCUACCUUAACCAUUAUGCUACCGGCGCUCGUGGAGAUCACCUCGGGUCACUUCACGAGCGCAUUGUCAAUUACCUGCCAGAUUUCAGUGACAGCUACCCUGUGUUGAAGCCACAAGACAGUAAGUGGAAGCGUGGCUUCCAGAACAUCACAACCGGCCGGCUACUUUGCCUACAGUCUAUGCUCACAGAGUUCCUCAAUGAUUCGGAUGGAUUUUGCCGCCAAGUGCGCGACGGUGAGAUUGAUAUACCCUCUGACGAGUUCCCUUCAUUUCUGUAUGAUGAAGCUCUCUACAACCCCGACGAAUUGGAUGCUGGGUUGCUCAGGCACCCGUUACUUCUCAAGUGCGUGUCCGAUCACGGAAACUGCGAGAGCAGACCCGGACGUCCUCCCCUCACAAAAAAGUAUGACAUGACUCAGGUGACUCCUAGGAACAUCGCGUAUUUGGCGGUCCUCGUUCGAUUUCUCUUGAACAGUCAGCACUCGUGGUCCAAUGUCGACAUGACCUUUGACCUCGAAAAGUUCUUCUUCGAAAUUCUCAAGUUCUUCCAGGAUGAAGAAUGGGGGAAAGCAACACUGGAAUGGUGGAACAAAGCAGUAUUUGGCACAACCGCGAAGGGCCAAGGCGGCAUGAAGAAGCAAACCCGGCCACAAUCUGCCUCCGCCAAAUUGAAGGUUCAGCGCGCAGCUCGAGCAGCUGUGCAAUCCGGCACCGUGUGA